CACGGCUGCCAGGUGCGCAUUAACUCGUCCAGGUGUAGCUAUCCCAUUUUCCUUGUGCAGUGCACAGCUGAAGACUACUACUACGACCCGGUCAACGUGACCCGGAGCACCAUAUCCGGGAUCGCAGCAUACCGCUCCGUGCUGACGCUGGACUGGCUGGCUGCGGAGGAUUCUCGCCAGAGGGAGCUGGCGGCGGCCUUCGAGACAGAAGCAGCUCCGCCCUCGAGGGUCCUGACCACGGAGUGCAUAGCGUACGCCAGGCCCUCUACCGGGAAAGUUGCGAGACUAAUGCUGGAAUUGCUGAAAAACCUUGAAGGAGACGACGCGAAAUUAGUCCCCGAGUUGGUCCAAGUACUGAUGAAGGCUAAACUCCUGGUGGAGACUUCUAUCCUGGACGCGGAGCCGGAUUUAGAGGCGUUGGUGAAGACGCCUGGAGUGAUGAUGGGCGAGCCCCACGUUACCUUCCCCAGGAUCCUGGCCAUGCUGUGGAUGAUCGUAACUGACCCUAGCACCACUAAGAAGUUGGGAUGGUGUCCUAUCAAUAGGGUAAAUAAAUACAUAGCGGUGAGCAAGUCGACGCAAAUAGCGAAGCAGAUGCGCGCUCUAGACCCAAUAGUUGCGCGAGCGCGCUUCAUCAUGGAGGAGUUCAUACAGAACGUCACUCCUCUGAACAUGUACCAGAAGUCGACUACAGAGAUUAAGCCAUCGCCGAUGCCGUAUUCAAGGACUUUGAAGACCAUAAAGAGACCCAUCAGAUACUAUUCAACUCAUAACCUCCUUCCCCUGGAGCAAGCCAUGUCCAGCAGCAGCCAGGAGCCAGAGCUGGAACCGUUCCCCCGACUGAUCGACGGCACCCGGGUGGUCGCUGCAACAUCUGGUGCCGUGAUUGUGAAAAAUAUAAUGUUGAUCCCCAUUUUUCUUUGUUUGUAUUAAAAAAUAUUUGGUUGA